AUGUCUUACGCGACCGACGAUGCGCCCACGACCGUCCGUAACCUCUCGCAGGGAAGCAGUGGUGUGGACUGCCCCGGUGAGGCGGAGAUGCGGCCGGCGACAGAACCGCCGGCGUUGGCGCAUUAUCCGUUGGGCUCCUGGGAGCGCCAUCUGCUGGAGGAGCGACUCCGGGCCGUGAAAGUCUACGAGCGGGAGAGAUUGUUGCAGGAGGAGCUGAAGAAGGAGUGCACCUUUCAGCCCCGCUUGGGCACGCCACGCGGCCGUGAGAACGAGCCCCCCAAGGAUUUCGUCUCUGCAGGACACAAACAAAGACAUGUGCCUGUAUUUGAGCGUCUUGCGCACCGUGCGAAGGAGCGUGAGGCCAGGCUAACGUUACUUACUGAAGAAAAAAGGCGAAGUGAGGAGGAGGCAUUGCAACAUGCGUUCCGCCCGCGGGUGAACUCCGUCCCGGAGCAGCUUGUACCGUUUGCCUCAAGUGAGGCGAGGAUUCCUGUGGAGGAGAGACUGCUGCACUAUGGCAGGUCCGUUGAGCAAAGUCGUCGUCUGUUGCAGCUACAAAGGCAGCAAAAGGAGAUUGAAGAGUUGCGUCAAAGAGCUGCGGUCCGGCGGGCCCACAGCAGUGCUUCAGGGGAGAACCCCCAAAGUGACAUUGCAAAACGUUCCAAACGGUUCCUUAUAGAGCGUGAGAUGCAGCGUGCGGUGGCACGGCAGGCCUUGCUUAAGGAGCACAGCUUCCGUCCCAAGGUGUGUACCACCUCGGACGCCAUUGAUCGUACGUUGAAGGCGAAUAAUAAUGUGCGUGACCGUGGUUUAGCUCUCUAUGAGGAAGGUAUGCGUCGUCAGCAGCAGCGUCAGGCGGAGACGGUGCAGCGACAAGGAAGAGAGUCCAAUGGCCUGUACAAGCCUACCACCAACCCGUUUACGGAGAGGUGGAUUCACCAUGGACAGCAUAGAGGUUUAUUCCGGCAAGAUUUUGUUAGAAGACAAAAGAUUUAUCAACGUGUCAAGGAGGAGCAUCAGCGAAACCUCAUUGCUGCCCUUGAAGAGGGUGAACGUGCCGAGGUGCCACGGGUCAGCCAGGCGAUGAUAGAUCGACAGGUAGAGCGACUCUACCUGGGCGCGCAGGAGAUGCGAACCGAGGCGAAGAAACGCCUGGAAGACCAUGUCAAGGCUCGCGAGUGUCCUUUUCGCCCGCAGUUGGCACCUGGAACCGCCUACGUUAUUGCCCGCACCCAACGUGAAGCGGAUGUGGUGAAGCGGCUCGCGUCUGCUCCCCGUAGCCGCCACGCCGGUCAUCAAUCUAUGUUUGACGCGGCCUCUCUGGAGGGAAAAGAAGAGGAUGGAGGAAACGCACCACGCAAUUCCAAAGUUAUCCAUCCAGAGGCGGCUGCUGAGUUUUAUGACCGACAAAGGCGGGCCCUGGAGGAGCGAGAAGCGCAACUACGCGAGCAGAAGCAGCGACUAGCGAUGGAGGAGCUCUGCGCCUGCACUUUUCGCCCUCGGACCUGUACGGACGAGUACUUGCAUCGGCGCCAAGUACAAGCCACCCGUGUUACGCAGCAGCCGGUGGAAGCACGCGUGUCAGGGGUGGCGGCGUAUUUGCAACGCCAGGCUGAGGCGCAGCGACGGCUCCGGGAGCAGGAGUCGAGGUACAACAACCUCGGGCGGGGCCUUCGUUGCAACGGGGCCAACACCACCGUCAUCACGCCGUUUAACUUGUCUAGCGGUCGUGGAACGCGUUCUCAGGGGUUGAGCCCGAGGUGGGAUGAGCCGAAGACGAACGGUGGGGAGAAAGGUGGCGGCCACCGUCAUGUCGACCCCUACAGCAAGAACGAAAUUCUCAUGGCACUUCGGGGAAAGCUGGCAGAGAGUCCUGCUAGGUCCCGUUUGCGAUGA